AACAGGAUUUUAAACAAAAUCUCCUGAUACCACUUUCUUUCUGACUUUAUAUGGCAGAUACUUUUUUUUAUUUUUUAUUUUUUUACUUUUACCCAGGUGAGACUUUAGAGAACAGGCAGCGAUGUGUUUCUUCUCCAUAUCAUUUGGUGUGUGAUAGAAUGAGGGCUGAUGCUGCGAGCAAAAAUGUCUGUCAGGCACACAUCCCCCGAGUGAAUAUGUGUUGCUUGUGAGGGUGCUUGAGUGGAUCGCAUCUCGACACCCCGAGAAGAAGUCAGAUCUAACGCGCGCGCGCACACACACGCACGUACGCACACACAUACGGUCCAGUUCAGUGCAGUGAGCGGAGUACACGAGAGUGCUGGGAAGAGCGACUCCAAUCACUACCGCUGUUCCUGGCUGAAUUUCCCUGGCUGACGUCAGCUGACUGCCUUGGCUCUCCGCUCUCGCUCCUCCGGACACAGCGCCGCGUAAAAAUGCUGCUCUCUGUGCCGCCAAGGACAGGAAUCAACCCCUACAACGCCUACCCCAGCAAAAGCAACAAGAAGACAUAUGUGUCCUCCUCCAACCAUCAGAUGGCCCCUCCAAGCCCCAACAGCAACAACAGCAGCAAUGGCACCACCAUCAGCAAUGGCAGCAGCAGUGGGGGAGAGCAGCUGAGCAAAACCAACCUUUAUAUCCGUGGCCUCCACCCAGGAACCACAGACCAGGAUCUGGUCAAACUCUGUCAGCCAUAUGGAAAAAUCGUAUCCACCAAGGCCAUCUUGGACAAGACAACCAACAAAUGCAAAGGCUAUGGCUUUGUUGACUUUGACAGUCCAGCCUCGGCUCAGAAGGCGGUGACAGCGCUGAAGGCCGGUGGAGUGCAGGCUCAGAUGGCCAAGCAACAGGAGCAGGACCCCACCAACCUGUACAUCUCCAACCUGCCGCUGUCCAUGGACGAGCAGGAGCUGGAGAACAUGCUGAAGCCCUUCAGCCAGGCCAUAUCCACGCGCAUCCUGCGUGACGCCAACGGAACCAGCCGAGGAGUGGGCUUUGCCAGGAUGGAGUCAACAGAGAAAUGUGAGGCCAUUAUUCAACAUUUUAAUGGAAAAUAUAUCAAGACCCCACCGGGAGUUCCAGUGCCUCCCGAACCCUUGCUGUGUAAAUUUGCUGACGGAGGCCAGAAGAAGCGCCAGAGCCAAGGAAAAUAUCUGCAGAACGGUCGGCCCUGGACGAGAGACGGGGAGACUGGAGGAAUGACUCUCACCUAUGACCCCACCACAGCCUUACAGAACGGAUUCUACUCCUCUCCAUACAGCAUCGCACCCAAUCGGAUGAUUGGGCCAACCUCUCUGUCCCCGUACAUGCAUUCACCCGUGUCCACCUAUCAGGUACACAACCCAUCCUGGAUACAUCACCAGUCGUACAUCAUGCCGCCCACAGGAACAGUCCUGUCACCGGGAAUGGACCACACCAUGUCCAUCCAGCCAACCUCAAUGAUGGGGCCCCUCACGCAGCAGCUCAGCCACCUCUCCAUGGGCAGCAGUGGCACGUAUAUGCCUGCAAACACAUCUAUGCAGGGGACCUACAUACCCCAGUUCACCCAAGUGCCUGCCACCAACAUCUCAGUUGAGGAAAGUGCCGUCCAACAACCUGUUGCCAUAGAGACGCCCACGGAACACACAACCUACUCUUACCAGCAUAACAAGUGAAGAGAUUUUCCUCUGGAGCCGGUGUGACUCUCAAAGGGCCCAAGUGCUGAAACUCAGCGCAGUGACUCUGCAUCUAAGGCACCAGAGACUCGGGAGGAACACGUGCUGUUCCUAGGAAAGGACAUACAAACAUUCACACACACACACACACGAAAGGAAAUAGAUAUUUUCUAUAUUUUAAAGCAAACUCUUUUACUCCAAACAAGACAAGCUGGAGCGUAGCAGGGAGUGGGGGAAUGGAAAAACAGAACAAGGAGCAUCUAUUGUGACACACACAUACACACUACACAUUUCAUUGUUUUUUUGUUUUUUUUUUACUUUCUUUUCUGAAGUUACUCCGGAGAGCUAGAAUGAAACCAGGAGGAGGACAUUUCAGCACGACCUUUCUUUCUUUCUUUUUUUAUUUUUGUUUUUUUUUUAUUUUGUCAUCUUCUGUUUUGGCUUUUUUGUAAAAUAUGAUGUUUUUAUGUCUUUUUUUCUUCCUUUUUGUUUUUUUUAUUUGUAUGAUACCUUCAGACUUUAAACCUGCCUUUUUUUUGUACAUAAUUCUUCAUGUUGGUGUGAUUCUAACUUCAUGUGUUCUGGUUUGAUCGAUGCGACUAUUUGAGUAAAGACAAACUGAUUACAUACUAACAGAUAUGGUGCUGACAGGGAUUAGUCAGGUAAAUAUAUAUAUACAUAUAUAUAUAUAUAUAUAUAUAUAUAGGAGACCUCGUCUGGUGUGGUCUCGUUUUGGCUCUCAAAUAAUUUCUAGUUCCAACAAUCUCGCCGAAAAGCUUCAGACAAUCAGAAGAUUAUAAAGAAGAGAAAAACAUUUGUCGUAGGUGACAGACUUCACAGAGAAGACGUCUUUAAAAGAGAUUUAAAGCAUUCCAGAUGUUAUUAAUAUUAUUAUUACUAUGAGAGAGUUCUAAAUAUUGGUUGAGCUGCUCCACAACGAUAAAAAUCCAAAGUUGCUUAACAGGGAUCACCUCUCACACAGAGCUGCCUGUAAAUAAGAGAUUUAAAUGUGUUCAGGCUUUUCUUUAGAUUUCCAUUUUAUAUGUGAAGCGAUGCUUCUCUUAUUUUAAUAACUACAUUUUACCAAAUGGUCCGAGCACAGCGGUUAAUGUGUUGCUCUUGUUUUCCUUUUACAGAAAAGGGAAGCUGAAUCUCCACCAAAAUAAUAAUAAUAAUAAUUAAAAAAAAAAACGUGUAUUUUCUGAAGCAAGAAUUAGAUGUUGUUAUUAAAGUGUGUGAAGUUCUUAUUACAUAGACCUGGAGAUCAAUUGGUAAAGCACGGCUCUGCCCUGUUAUAUCUCCAGAAAACACUAUUUAGAUGGAUUAUUAGGGCCAGUAGGGCUGCAUGUCUGCAUCUACAUCUGCAUUUCUGGUUUUCACCUUCACGUUUUUUUUUUUUACAUUUGUUAUUUAAAGGUUUCCUUUGUUUUUUUGUUUUUUGUUUUUUUUAAAUUUUGCUUAAAUACUUUUAAGAUUGAUCCUAUUUUGCAAAGAAGCUUGUGUUUUAUUUUUGAUAGCAUGUUGUGUGCUUCACGUAGUGAGAAAUAGAAACUCUUCUUUGUUUGUUUUGAAAUUGUGAUUUUUGUUUUUGUACAUUUGCAUACAGGUUUUCAGUGUUGAUGUCAAAGAGGCUUUAAUAUUUUUUGAAACGACAUUUCAGUUCUGUCCGUGUCACCGAUGCUGGCACUUUAUUAAACGUCGACUCCUGUUCAUGGUUGAAAUCUUUAUGCUAGGUUCAGAUGCAUUGUUACACGGUUGUACCCCGAGCAUUUGGGAUCAACUCAAGAGAACUCUAUGUUCAAAACCUUGACUUACCUCAUCCCUGCCAGAGCGAUGUAGAUUCAGUUUGUGUACAAGGUUUCACAGGCAAUAACCAACUACAGUAGGUCUCGUGGCUGUUCACAGCUGGUACUGUGUCCAAAUCCUUUAACUAUUCCGUCCAAUGUUCGGAAAACACGCCCAAGGUCUGACGAUCUAUGCAAUUAAUUUAUUAUCUUCACAAAUGCAAUACUACAAAUAUCCAAGAGACACCUCAUGGGAUGAUGAUCACCUCAUCGUUCCACCUCACAUCCUGGCUCACCUGGCUUUUAUCUUCUGUUUGAAAUAGAUUUGCUUUCUAACACGUGCAUCCUUGGUUCUUUAAUUGUUCGUAAAAUUGCUACAUAAAAAGGGAACUGUUUCAUACCAAAAUGAUGUUAAUAGACUUGUAGUAAAUGUACAAACUCUAAAAAAGAAAAAGAAAAAAAAGAAUAAUAAUAAUAAUAUGGCAGGUUGGAUUUUUAUCUUGUCAAAGAUGUAAUUUCACCAUUCCAUCCAGCUCCUGUUACAUUUUGAGUCCCGCCUUGUUGUGUUUGUUGUUUCCCUUUUCGAGCAAUUGAAGCGGUUUUCUUCUCUUGAACCACAAAACCUUUUUUUUUCCGACUUCACAGAAAUGCCUUAGCUGUCACUGGAAGGGAUCGUGAAGUGCUACUCAAGUUUUGUUGGGCUCGUCCUCUGACUGGAAUCGUUUUCAUGCACUGCAAAUGUUGAAGAUGUUUAUCAAACUACUCUGAACACAGACCUAUGAAGAAAAGAAACAUUAAAGUCCCUACUUUGUUUUCCAUUGUCAUUCCAUUAUUUUCAUCCGUAAUGUUGAAGAAAAAACUGAGUGGUGGAUAAUUGAGAUUAUUGCUGCUAUUUUUUUUUUUUUUUAAAUUUAGAAAUCUUUCAGCUGAAGGGUCAUUCGAUAUAUCAAGUCACAUAUGGGGUCAGUUUGCAACUCAUGUUCGACAGCAUCCGUGAAGUUUUCUGUUUGUUUGGCGCAUCAAACAACCUCUCCUCAGUAAAUGUUUGUGCCAUGAUGCAGUCCUUUCUUUUCCUUCCGAACUUUGUUUGAUUUUGCCAUUUUUUUUUUUUUUUAAAUAAAUCUCUUGUUUUUUUCCACAGUGA